AUCUCUAAGAAGGACUGGAAGCAAUUCAGCCAGCGCUGUAUACCUUCGACCGUAGCGAUGAGGUCGAAUUUUGGGACCCUCCUCUGACCGUCAUGCUCACUUUUACUGCCUUCGGUGCUCUGCUCGCCUCGAACCUGGUUAUCGUUGAUUUAUCUGGACGCGAUGCAACCCCGCUCUCUCUGGACGCUAUCGAAAGCUACAUGCCGUACGCCCAACUAGCGCGAGCCGCGUACUGCGUAGGUAACUCAACGACUUGGGACUAUGGAGAUGCCUGCGCAGCAAACGAUGACUUUGAGCUAUAUGGGUCUGGCGGGGAUGGCACAGCGAACUCUCCUUACUAUUUUGUUGGAUACUCGCCCUCCUUGUCCACUAUAAUCGUCGCGCAUGGUGGGAUCGAGGCAGAGGAAUUGUUCAGUACCCUUCAGAGUGCCGAGGCGGCUCAAGCGCCCGUGAACGUCUCCCUUUUCCUGGGCGUAGACGACGAUGUGCAGGUGCAGGAAGGCUUCUCAGACGCGCAUGCGAAAACGGCAGAAGCUGUACUCGCAGCGGUUCACGACACUAUCUCGGGAACGGGCGCGGCGGUGCUGACGACGGUCGGCCACGGCCUCGGCGGCGCGCUCGCCGAGAUAGACGCGGUGUACCUCCGGUUGAACGUCCCCUUCAUCCGCAUGAAUACGAUCACGUUUGGGAAGCCGCGGGUGGGGAAUGGGGCGUGGGCGGAUUUGGUGGAUGCGAAUGUGAGUGAGCUGUUCGAUUUGUUUGAAGACGCACGAGGGGACGAGCGUGGAUUGUGCUGCAGAGAAAUAGACUUGUAUGAGUUUACUGCCUGACCUAUGACCACAGGCGGAUUCGUACGCCUGUAUCGCAUGCUGUAAUGGCCUAACGGGAAUGCGGCGGGUUAAUCACC